AUGGCCGUCACCCUGGACACCAUCCGCUCCCUCCUCCUCCUCCUGGGUCCCAUGCUGCUGCCAAAGGCGAUAUCGUGGUUUCGCUCCAUCCGCACCCCGUCCCGCAGCCUCCCCGUGCAAGCGACGCCGCCCCGGGUCCGCCUCGCCCUCGCCCUCAUCCUCGUCCUCUCGGCAACCUACCUCGUCAAGACGCUGCCGCCCUUCGCGCCCGAGAACCUCUUCGCCCGCACCCAAAGCCGCCUCCAGAUCCCCGUCGACGUGCUCUUCACGCGCCUGGCCGCCCUCCGCCGGGACAACGCCCUCACCGAGGCCGACGCCGCCCUGCGCGCCAGGUUCGUCAACCUCGAAAGCCGCCUGCUGUACGCGCAGUUCGGGCCGCACGUCCUCUCCGACUGCCCCUUCUGCAAGGCCGACGAGCCAAAGACCUACUUCUACUACGCCCUGCCGGCCCUCCUCUGGCCGCACCUGGCCAACCUGGCCGCCGUCGCCGUCCUGACGAGCCCCUCCUUCACGGGGAGCCACGGCGCCCGGUGGCGCACCCUCGCGACCAUUGCGUCCCUGGCCGUUGCCGCGCUCGACGUCUACGCCGUCGCGUCGUACAACCACAAGGCCAACGCCAGGGCGCUGCGCCUCGACGACGUCCAUUUCUUCUACUGGUCCCUGCGCAACUGCAGGCUCCUCGCGCUGGCUGCUCUCGACGCCGUCCUAGGCCUCGUCUUGUACUUGUCCUCUACGAACCGCGCGUUUGUCCGGCUGCCCUGUACGUCGGAGCGCGUCGAGGACGUCACCAAGGCCUUGCUGACGGUCAAGAGCAAGCUCAACGCCGUUGGCAUCAUCAACAACACCGCCAUGAGGGACGAGGAGCUGCGCAAGAGGUGCCAGGCCUACUGGGCCCAUGAGGGGCACUUGAUGAGGGAGAUGAUGGAGGAGAGGGAGGUGGUGGAGAGCGUGAAUGAUGCGUUGGGCCAUCGCAUCAACAUUGACGACAUCGCCAAGGAUGCCGAGACGUACACCGACAGCGUCUUGGAGCCGUUGCGGCAGACGCAGCGAAACGAGUAG